GCCAAGCAAGAUAAAAGUCUCCACGAGCUGCCCACUACACGCCAUUUUUGCUUAAAUAAAAGAAAUCUUGCUUCCCUUUCUGUAUCACUCGUUGUACCAAUAAAUCCCAAGACUUUCUGUUUGGACCAUUUGGUUGGGACAAGCAUUUCUAUUAUCUUUUUGUCACUACCCAUACACACAGGAGGCACGACCUGAACUUCUAUAUUUGGGAGGGUUCAUAUUCCGAGUUCCCGAGAGAAUAUUGUAUUUUCCUGGAAAUGGGUUUCCUUGAUCCUGAUCGGAAUUGAAAACCCAUUGACGGAAUUGCGUCUUCUGAUUCAGAGCAUGGGGAAUUUCCUCUUCGGCUUCGUGUUGCCAUUGCUGCUUUUAACAGCUUCUUUGACCAACUGGAGUUUGAUUUCUCUUGUUGACUUAAUAGCUUUUCUUCUUGUUCAAUUCGACGCACAGAAAAUAGGAUUUCGUUUUCGAAGGCGAUAUUUGUUACUAUGGCCUACUGUGGUGUUUUCGAUACUUGUCAUUUUUGCUCAAGUCGUAUACCUUAUUUUAUGGGUUAUUAAGGGGAAUCAGUGGAGCAUUGCAGAUGCUUGGUGGGCAAAGCUUAUUGGCUUCAUGAUAAUCGAGUCCUGGAAAUCUCCUGCAAUCUUUUUUUUGGUUGUUCAACUUUUGGCAGUUUCUGCUGCUUUAAUUGAUAUGUAUGGGAAAAGGUUUGGCCCGGUUCCGUGGCAAGAUUCAUGCUGGGGUCAUAUCUUGACAAUUGCUGAACAUUUAGGAUCUCGUCUUAGGAUCGCUUCCUGCCUGGUUUUGCCAGCUGUUCAGCUGGUUGUGGGGAUAAGUCAUCCUUCAUGGGUUUCUCUACCAUUUUUUAUUGGGAGUUGUGUAGGCCUUGUAGAUUGGUCUAUGACAAGCAAUUUCCUUGGACUUUUCUGGUGGUGGAGACCUCUUCAGCUGUAUGCAGGUUUCAGUGUUGGGCUGCUCUAUGUCUAUCAGUUUCCAGUAAAGUUCCCAAGUAUGUUUCAGUGGAUAGCCGAUUUUAUUGGUCUAUUCAAAAUAUCUGCCAAAGCAGAGUGGCCCGAAAUCUGUUCUGGUGGCUCUCUUAUACUUUUCUAUAUCAUGCUAUCAUAUGUCAAGUGUGAUUUGGAAGAAAUGGAUUUCAUCAUGUCCAUGGGAGAACGUAACUUGACAGAGCAUCUGCUUCCUUUGAAACAAUCAUUUUUUGUUCGUGAGUCAAGAUCUGGUGUGAGACACACUAAUGUUCUACUAAGGGGAGCUGUGUUUAGGACUUUCAGCAUCAACUUUUUCACGUAUGGGUUUCCGGUGUCCUUGUUUGCUCUUUCCCUUUGGAGUUUCCAUUUUGCAAGCAUAUGUGCAUUUGGAUUACUUGUAUAUGUUGGCUACAUCGUUUAUGCCUUCCCUUCCUUAUUCCAUUUGCACCGAUUGAAUGGGCUGCUCCUUGCCUUCAUUCUCUUGUGGGCUGUCAGCACAUAUAUUUUCAACGUGGCUUUUGCAUUCUUGAAUUUGAAGCUUGGGAAGGACAUGGGCAUAUGGGAGAUGGUUGGGUUAUGGCAUUAUCCAAUACCUGGAUUCUUUUUGCUUGCACAAUUUUGUCUUGGCAUUUUGGUUGCUUUGGGUAAUCUUGUGAACAACUCGGUUUUCCUCUAUGUGUCUGAUGAGGGAGGUCAAUCUUCAAUUGAAAAUUCUGCAGUGGAAGUUGAAGAAGAGACCAAGGUACUGAUUGUGGCAACAAUUGCUUGGGGUCUGCGCAAAUGUUCUCGUGCUAUUAUGCUGGCGUUGAUAUUUCUUAUUGCCAUGAAACCUGGUUUCAUCCACGCCAUAUACUUGAUAUUCUUUUUGAUCUAUCUUCUGAGCCAUCACAUCAGCAGGAAGAUGCGACAGUCCCUGAUUCUUUUAUGUGAAGCUCACUUUGCAUUAUCGUACAUUCUUAAGAUUGGUAUAAUAUCGAAUGCUUUGGAGCGCAAAGGCUCUUUAAGUAAGGAAAUUCUGUUGCAAUUAGGUCUCCUCGAAUAUGACAGUGCCUGGGAUUUCUUGGAAAUAGCUUUACUUGCUUGCUUCUGUGCAAUUCAUAACCGUGGUUUUGAAAUGCUAUUCUCAUUCUCAGCAAUUGUCCAGCAUACCCCAAGUCUACCCAUCGGAUUUAGCAUCUUGAAAGCUGGUCUGAAUAAAUCAGUUCUCUUGUCUGUGUACGCGUCCCCAACCACCAAGUACAACCAUCAUAGUCCUUCUUAUGAGAGGAUCGCAUCAUUUCUCAGUGCAGUUGGACAGAAGUUUCUAUCAGUGUAUCGAUCAUGUGGAACCUACAUUGCUUUCUUGACCAUUCUCCUCACAGUAUACCUGGUCACUCCCAAUUAUAUAUCAUUUGGGUAUCUUUUCCUUCUCCUUGUCUGGAUAACUGGAAGACAACUUGUUGAGACAACGAAAAGGCGUUUAUGGUUUCCUCUAAAAGCAUAUGCAAUAGCCGUGUUUAUCUUCAUCUAUAGCUUGAGCAGCUUUCCCAUCUUUAAGAUAUGGCUAUCUAGGUUUAUAGACCUAUUUUUUUACUUGGGUUACAAUACAGAAGCUUCAUUGUUGGAAAAUGUUUGGGAAUCCCUUGCAGUCUUGGUUGUGAUGCAACUUUUUAGCUAUGAAAGGAGACAGAGCAGGUUUACAACAUUGGAGGAUUCAGAUCUGCUGGAUUCUGGAGUUGUUGGAUUUAUUAAACGGUUUCUAAUUUGGCAUAGUCAGAAGAUCCUGCUUAUUGCACUAUUCUAUGCUGCUUUGUCUCCAAUUAGUGCUUUUGGUUUUCUGUUCUUGCUUGGCUUGGUCAUCUGUUCAACUUUACCCAAAUCUUCUCAGAUCCCAUCCAAGUCAUUCUUAAUGUACACAUCAUUUCUAGUGACAACUGAAUAUCUUUAUCAGAUGUGGGGCAAGCAGGCUGAUAUGUUUCCUGGACAAAAGAAUUUUUAUUUGGCCCUGUUUUUGGGUUUCCAAGUGUAUGAGCCAGGUUUCUGGGGUUUAGAGUCAGGCUUAAGGGGAAAAGUGCUUGUGAUUGCUGCCUGUACCCUCCAGUACAAUGUCUUCCAUUGGUUUGAGAAGAUGCCGUGUAGUACUCUAAACAAAGGAAAGUGGGAAGAACCUUGUCCAUUGUUUGUCUCUGCAGAAGAUGACUCUACAGAUAUCUCAACUUGCAACGAGGAAGAUACGCCAUCACUAUAUUCUAGUUCACAAUCUGUUAAACGAGAGGGUGUGAUGGAAAAUUCAUGGCUAUUGCUUAGCUCUGGUCAGUCACAAGCACCUCGUCCUAUCUCCCCGAAAUCAGGAGCCUCUGAAGGUAGCAGCUCUAGGAAGUUUUCACUCGGUCAUAUAUGGGGGAGCACAAAGGAGAGUCAUAAGUGGAACAAGAAGAGUAUUCUUGCACUGAGAAAGGAGAGAUUUGACUUGCAGAAAUCUCUUUUAAAAGUAUAUCUGAAGUUCUGGAUUGAGAAUUCAUUUAACCUCUUUGGCCUUGAGAUAAACAUGAUAGCACUGCUCGUGGCAAGUUUUGCAUUGUUAAAUGCUAUUUCCUUGCUAUAUAUUGCAUUGCUCGCUACUUGUAUUAUCUUGGAUCGGCGCAUCUUACGUAAGUUAUGGCCUAUAUUUGUCUUCUUGUUUGCUGCCAUUCUCAUCCUUGAGUACUUCGCAAUCUGGAAUACUCUGUUUCCUUCAAAUGAUCGUAUCCCAAGUGAGGCUAAUGUACAUUGCCAUGAUUGCUGGAGAAUAUCAUCCCUCUAUUUCAAUUAUUGCGAGAAUUGUUGGCUAGGACUUAAUAUCGAUGACUCCCGCAUGCUUAUCAGCUAUUUUAUGGUUUUCUUGUUUGCUUGUUUCAAACUUCGCGCUGAUCACUUGUCUAAUUUGUCCGGAUCAUCUACAUAUCGCCAAAUGAUGUCUCAGCGCAAGUACACAUUUGUUUGGAGAGAUCUCUCAUUUGAAACGAAGAGCAUGUGGACUUUCCUCGACUAUUUGAGGCUUUACUGCUAUUGUCAUUUAUUGGAUCUUGUGCUUGCUUUGAUCUUGGUCACUGGGACUCUUGAGUAUGACAUUCUGCAUCUUGGUUAUCUUGCUUUUGCUCUCGUUUUCUUUCGGAUGAGACUGGAAAUCCUCAAGAAGAGGAAUGAAAUAUUUAAAUAUUUGCGCAUAUACAACUUUGUUCUUAUCAUUCUUUCCCUUGCCUAUCAGUCUCCAUUUUUAGGGGGAUUCAGUUCUGGGAAAUGUGAGACAAGAGAUUAUAUAUAUGAAGUCAUUGGCUUUUAUAAGUAUGGCCACGGGUUUCGAAUAACUGCUAGAUCUUCACUUGUUGAGAUAAUAAUAUUUAUGCUGGUAGCGCUCCAGUCAUAUAUGUUUUCCUCCCAAGAAUUUGAUUAUGUGGCGCGAUAUCUUGAGGCAGAGCAAAUUGGUGCCAUUGUGAAUGAGCAAGAGAAAAAAGCUGCAUGGAAAACUGCACAGUUGCAACAAAUUCGCGAAUCUGAGGAGAAGAAACACCAGCGUAAUUUGCAGGUGGAGAAGAUUAAAUCUGAGAUGCUCAACCUGCAAAACCAGCUUCAUAGUGUGAACUCAACCGUAAAUGGUGCUGAUGCAUCUCCUGCGAGGGAAGGCCUUAGAAGGAGGAGGAGUUCUUCUCUUAUGUCAAAUAACGAUGCUAGGAUUGCAGAUAACGAGGGAGGAAUUACGAGGAAACAGGAGCAGAUUUUAAGAGAGGAUUCUAUGUUACCUUUUGAAGUUCACGAAUCUCUUCCUAGCGUACACAUGGAGAGCUCAGCGUUGCUGGAGUCUCCAAACUAUCCUAUGGAAUUUGAGAUUCCUGAGAUCAGACAAGAACUAUUUAAAAGUGCGAAUGAUGAUUUAGAGCAGAAAGAGGACCAAUUGAAGGUGAGCCCCUUAAUUUCUGGAGAGGAAUUCCCAAAGUAUCCAAUGAAUAGUGAGAUCACUGAAAUCAAACCAGAUGUGGUCAAUAGUGCUGCUCAGACAGUCCAGUCGAAAGAGAAUCCUUUAGUUUCUGCAGUACAACUGAUAGGUGAUGGCGUUUCACAGGUACAGUCUAUUGGAAAUCAGGCUGUUAACAAUCUAGUGAGCUUCCUGAAUAUCGAACAAGAAGAUUCAGAUAUGAAUGAGCACUCAUCUGCUGAGGAUGGAGUAUAUGAGGAAAUGGAGAGCCAGAGAACAAGGGACACUUGCUUGCACCGUUCAUCUUCUCUCAAGUCUGAUAAAAGUUCAGAUGCCACAAGUCUGCAAAUUGGAAGAAUCUUCCGUCACAUAUGGUCCCAGAUGCGCUCGAACAAUGAUGUUGUCUGUUAUUGUUGUUUUAUUCUCGUCUUUCUAUGGAACUUCAGUUUGCUUUCAAUGGUGUAUCUUGCAGCUCUCUUCCUCUAUGCCCUAUGUGUAAAUACUGGUCCGAGUUAUGUCUUCUGGAUUGUCAUGCUAGUCUACACUGAACUUUACAUAUUGCUUCUGUAUCUGUACCAAGUUAUCAUCCAGCACUGUGGAUUCAGUAUAAACUCAGAACUGCUUCAUGAGCUAGGAUUUCCCAGAAACAAAUUCACACUGUCCUUUGUUGUCAGUUCCUUGCCUCUUUUUCUUGUCUACUUAUUUACCCUCUUACAGAAGUCUAUAACUGCGAAAGAUGGUGAAUGGAUGACUUCUAUGGACUUUAGUUUGCAUCAAAGGAGUGCCCUGUACAAAAAAGACGUUCGUGUGAGUUAUAGCUGGAGCAAGAGGGCAACGGAACUGAUACACCUAAUGAAGGAUUUGAUCAAAAUGAUAUUCAGAAGCUUCAUUAGGUACUGGAAUUCACUCACUCAGGGAGCAGAGUCUCCUCCUUACUUUGUUCAAGUGUCUAUGGAUGUCCACAUGUGGCCAGAGGAUGGGAUUCAACCAGAAAGGAUAGAGUCUGGAAUAAACCGAUUGCUUAAAAUUCUGCAUGAUGAGAGAUGCAAGGAGAAAAAUCCUUAUCUUUGCCCUUUUGCAAGCAGGGUUCACGUUCAGAGCAUUGAAAGAAGUCUAGAAAAGCAAAAUGUGGCCUUGGUUGUUCUUGAGGUUACAUAUGCCUGCCCUUUGACUGGGUGUACCAUGGCAGAAUGGUUCAGAUCACUAACUCCUGCAGCUGAUGUGACUGAAGAAAUUCGUAGAGCACAGCGUGCUGGGUUGGUUGAAGAAGUGGGAUUUCUGUGUCCUAUACUCUCUGUCAUUGGGGGAGGCAAAAGAGAAGUUGACUUAUAUGCCUACACAUUUGGUGCAGAUUUGAUGGUCUUUUUCUUUGUUGCCAUUUUCUACCAAUCUAUAAUAAAGAAUAAUAGUGAAUUUCUUGAUGUUUAUCAGCUUGAAGAUCAAUUUCCAAAAGAGUUCGUGUUCAUCUUAAUGGCUAUCUUCUUCUUGAUUGUUCUUGAUCGAAUAAUUUACCUUUGUUCAUUUGCCACGGGAAAAGUAUUUUUCUAUCUUUUCAACCUGAUUCUCUUCACAUAUUCAGUUACAGAAUACGCUUGGAGCUUGGAACCAUCCCAUCAACACGUUGCACGAUUUGCACUUCGUACUAUAUUUCUUGCAAAGGCGGUUUCUCUGGCAUUUCAGGCCAUACAGAUCCGGCAUGGGAUGCCCCAUAAGAGCACUUUGUAUCGUCAGUUUUUGACCAGUAAAGUUUCUCGGGUUAAUUACUUAGGCUAUCGACUUUAUCGUGCUUUGCCAUUCCUUUAUGAGUUGCGGUGUGUGCUUGACUGGUCUAGCACAACCACAUCUUUGACAAUGUAUGACUGGCUGAAGCUGGAGGACAUAAAUGCCAGUCUGUAUCUCGUCAAAUGUGAUGCAGUCUUGAAUAGAGCUAGGCAUAUACAAGGAGAGAAGCAAACAAAACUGACCAAAUGUUGCAGUGGAAUAUGUCUGUUUUUCAUCUUACUCUGCGUUAUCUGGGCCCCAAUGCUGAUGUACAGUAGUGGCAACCCAACAAAUAUUGCAAACCCCAUAAAAGAUGCCAGUGUUCAGCUUGAUAUUAAGACAGUUGGUGGAAGGUUGACCUUGUAUCAAACCACCUUGUGCGAAAAGCUUCAGUGGAAUAGGCUCAACUCCGAUGCUAAUCUUGAUCCUCAAGGUUAUUUAGAUACAUAUAAUAAGAAUGAUAUCCAGUUGAUAUGCUGCCAACCUGAUGCAAGCACUUUGUGGCUUGUCCCUGAUGUGGUUCAGACCAGAUUCGUUCAGUCCCUUGACUGGGAUAUGGAUAUGGAUAUUUAUUUUACAUGGGUUCUUACCAGGGAGAGACCGAAAGGCAAGGAAGUUGUGAGAUAUGAAAGACCUGUUGAUCUUCUAGAUCUUCCAAGGCAAUCAGAUGUCCAAAAGGCUCUCAAUGGUUCUAGUGACAGCUUUAGGACUAAUAAUCUUUACCCAAGAUACUUCCGUGUUACUGGUUCUGGUGAUGUCAGGCCAUUUGAACAAGAGGUAAAUUUGAUCAGUGCAGAUCUUGUCAGAAAUCGUAAAAACUUUGAGUGGUGGUCAUUCCAUGAUAUCAAUCCAUCAAAUGUGAGCGGCUGUGAAGGUUUGUCGGGACCCACGGCCAUCAUCGUAUCUGAGGAAACACCACCACAGGGUAUUCUUGGUGACACUCUCAGCAAGUUCAGCAUUUGGGGUCUCUACAUUACCUUUGUGCUCGCAGUUGGCCGUUUUAUCAGACUUCAAUGUUCUGACUUGAGGAUGAGAAUACCUUACGAGAAUCUACCUUCCUGCGAUAGGUUGAUAGCCAUCUGUGAGGAUAUAUAUGCGGCAAGAGCAGAGGGUGAGCUGGGAGUUGAAGAGGUCCUAUACUGGACCCUAAUCAAGAUUUACAGGUCACCUCACAUGCUUCUAGAGUACACCAAACCAGACUAGGUCAAAAGUUAAAUGCAACUUUCUGGUGCAAGAAAUUUGAUUCGGCGCUGAUAGAGGUAGAUGACACCUAGUCACCCUGUAACAACUCUGGAUCUGGGGAGAAGAUUACUGGAGUCUAGUCUUCUUCAAAGGGUAUGCAGUUUCCUUGUGGAAGGAUAUAAACGCAGAGCUUCUCAUUGGCGGGGGUAAUAGACAAAGCAUUUGCCCCUUGCAAUGCAUCGUCCCUCGGGGCCGAAAAUGUCUUCCAAUUCACUAUUGCUCAAAGCAGGCUUCGUCAGCCAUGCUGAAGAUCGCAGUGGUGAAAACUGAGAACCUUGCGCUUAUGCACUGUAUCUAAUUUAGAGGUUAGCCAUGGGUGUGGAUAGAGAUUUGGGAUCUUUACACAAUUUUAUAGUGUUUGGGGAAAAAUAAAGCUUCACUAAAACAAAGAGGACCAAAAGUAUUCGGUUUGGGUCUGUACAGAACAGAAGUUGAGAUCUUACAUUUACUCAACUGUCAAUACAUUCAAUUUAUGAAUGAACGCAGAUAAAAUGUAAUGUAGAGGGGUUGACAAGCCA